CAAUCACCUUGUUUCGGCCAAAUUUUUCCAAAAUGAAUUUAAAAGAUAUAGUCUGGUUUCUCUGCGCAAUCGCACUAUCAACUUCAAAGGAGUGUGAUGACGAAUCUGAAUACGCGUACUCGUCAAUAUACAGAUCCUUUGACACUCCAGCCAUCACAAAAAAAGGGUCAAAGUCUGAAGAUGUGAAGAUAUCACCAGCUCCUGAAGUAGUUUAUACAUCAAAUCCAGUUUAUUAUACUAUAUUGACUCAAGAAGAAAGCAAACCUAAACCAGAUGAAGGAGCACGUGAGAUCACACCAGUGAAUUCAGACAACGCAUCCAACUCUAACAAUCAAGAUACUGCAACUGCAAAUGCAACUGAAGAGAAGAAACCAGUCAGUCAGUCAGUAGCACAGAAUGUAUCUGCUAUGUCAGUUGUCCCAGAAAUGACCAACGCUUCUGACGCUGUAAUGAAAGCAACUCCUGAAGUCAAUGCUUCUGCAGCUCCUGUAACUGUUCCAGCACAAACCAAGGGUUAUACUUCACCUCCGUUAACAAUGCCAAUUAUUCAGCCAGGAAGACUUAUAACUCCUGGACUAUCUGCUUAUGCAUCUUCAAAGGAAGACCAAGAUAAUGAAUAUGUAAUUGAAAAUAGUGACUCAGAAUCACAAGAAUCUGAGGAGUCCUUUGAUGGGUUCAGCAUGUGGUAAUUUUAGUUUAAGGCGCGCCUGACAAGUAAAUUAAGUUUAAUUUGAAUAUAAUUAUGUACCUAAUU